GUCUUCACCGUGGUGGGCAACGUGCUGGUGGUCAUCGCUGUGCUGACCAGCCGGGCGCUGCGAGCGCCGCAGAACCUCUUCCUGGUGUCACUGGCCUCGGCCGACAUCCUGGUGGCCACGCUGGUCAUGCCCUUCUCGCUGGCCAACGAGCUCAUGGCCUACUGGUACUUCGGACAGGUGUGGUGCGGUGUAUACCUGGCUCUCGACGUGCUCUUCUGCACCUCGUCCAUCGUGCACCUGUGCGCCAUCAGCCUGGACCGUUACUGGUCGGUGACGCAGGCCGUGGAGUACAACCUGAAGCGCACGCCGCGCCGAGUCAAGGCCACCAUCGUGGCUGUGUGGCUCAUCUCGGCCGUCAUCUCCUUCCCGCCACUGGUCUCCUUCUACCGCCAGCCCGAUGGCGCCGCCUACCCGCAGUGCGGCCUUAACGAUGAGACCUGGUACAUCCUGUCCUCCUGCAUCGGCUCCUUCUUCGCGCCCUGCCUUAUCAUGGGCCUGGUCUACGCGCGCAUCUACCGUGUGGCCAAGCUGCGCACGCGCACGCUCAGCGAGAAGCGCGGGCCCGUGGGCCCCGACGGGGCGUCCCCAACCACGGAGAAUGGGCGACUGUCCCGCGCCAGCUCGCGCUCUGUCGAGUUCUUCCUGUCUCGCCGGCGCAGGGCGCGCAGCAGCGUGUGCCGCCGCAAGGUGGCCCAGGCCAGAGAGAAGCGCUUCACCUUCGUGCUGGCCGUGGUCAUGGGCGUGUUUGUGCUGUGCUGGUUCCCCUUCUUCUUCAGCUACAGCCUGUAUGGCAUCUGCCGCGAGGCCUGCCAGCUGCCUGACCCGCUCUUCAAGUUCUUCUUCUGGAUCGGCUACUGCAACAGCUCGCUCAACCCGGUCAUCUACACCGUCUUCAACCAGGACUUCCGGCGCUCCUUCAAGCACAUCCUCUUUCGACAGAGGCAAAGGGGCUUCCGACAGUGACCUCGCAUCCGGGACAGCCUGGGCUGCGGGGCACAGCCGGGAGUGCCCUGGUGGGGGUACCCUGUUGGCAUCUGGGGAAUGGGUAGGAGAGAGGGGCCACCCUUUCCCUCCCCUCUCAGCAAGGGUCUACCUCUGGGCCUGCAGGCCUGGGUCCAGCUUCUGGGGCCCUGUGGGGUGUGGCUGUGAAGGCGGGUAAAACAGGCAGUGAGGUUUUGGCCCCCACCUGGACCGGAGGAGCCUCCCCCAGACACGUGGCCCAGUAUCCCGCUGAGCAAGGGCUGACUUCCUGGGGAGCAAGGACAGUGUAGCAGGCACUGGCAAUCUUUGAUUACUGAAAGUAUUUAAAUGUUUGCCAAAAAACGACAGCCAAAACAACCAAACUAUUUUCUAAAUAAACCUUUGUAAUCUAAGUGCCGGGAGCUGCCCUCUGUCCUUCAAGCCCAGGUGGGGUGGCCUCCACACCCUCAGCCUGCCUCACCACCCUCCACUGGUGCGGGAGUGCUCUGAGGACCAGCGGGUUCCAGGGUCCCCUCCUGCGACUUAUUAGAAAGCCGAAUUUUUGUACACAUGCAAAACAUUCUCGGGAUUCUUGCACUGUAAGAGGCUAAGAAGUGAAGGAAUCUGGAGCCCCUGGGGACGGACCUCCCCUUCCUCUCCGUUUCCAGCUGGCCUAUUCCAAGGAAGCAGGGUGGGCUGCCCCCAGUCAUCAGACCUGUGCUAGCCAGUGACUCACCACCUGCUGGCAUUUCUAAGGCCCUGAGCAAUGAAGGUGGGUCCUGCCCUGGCUGAUGAGGCAGCUGGAACCCAGGCCUGUGCCCUGGGGCAUCUCCCACCCUGUGCUCACCUUCACCCGUCAGCAGGGACUGGAGAAGGGCAGGUCCACAGUGCAGGCUUCCUGGGUGCUGGGCACUCAGCUGGGGACCCCACAGGCUCCUCCGGCCCCUGACACAGAGCAAGGCUGUGCCUGGGGUAGCUGGGUACUGGGCUGGAAGCUGGAGCCGGGCACAGCAGGGGAGGGGGACCCAGCAUGCACACCUCCUGUCCUCCACCCCCUCACCCCCAGGUUCCUCCCUGCUGCCUCCCUUCUGGCAUGUCUCCUAGGUCCCCUAGCAGGUGUCUUGGCCUCUUAUGGCCCAGGGUCCGUGCCUGUGAGUCCUGCCUUUAUCUCCAAGCCCUGUCCCCCAGGCAGGGACCAGGGCAAGUCCAUGGGAAAGACCCCUGCAGACACAGCUGCCUGACCUUCUCAUCCCUGCAUGGGUCCUGGAGCAGCCCCCCAUCGCUAGGUCACGCAGUGACAUACCAGUUGCAUGCCAGGCUCGGGCACAGAUGGGGCGGCAAGGGAAGGUGCUGGAGUGGCUGCCCGGCUGGAUCAGAGCCUGCCUGACUGCCCACUGCCAGCCUAGACGGGCACCCAGCUCUCCCUGGGCCUCAGUCCCACUGUGGAGAGGGGUGGUGGCACUGCAAGGAGAGCCAGGGGCCUUGGGGUGACCUCUGCCAGGAGGGAGCAUGGUGAGUACACUGGGAAGGGCAAGGUGUCAUCUGUCCUUAAAGAAAAGACCCCAAAGCCUAGGGUCUUAGGAUUUCCUCACCAGUGUCUGCACUGUGCAGCUUUCAGUGGCAGAUGUGGAGGCAGCCCUCACCCCCAGCCCAAACCAGCAUGCCCUUGCCUUGAGAAGAGUACCCUUCGGGAGCACAUUUGGGGGGCCCGGAGAGAUGAACGAACCUGCCUGGGGUGGCGCAGCUGGUGAUAAGACCCAGCUGGGGUCAAGCUAUGUGGCUCCGAUUCCUGUGCAGUUCUACCAACCCCUCCUGCCUCUCUGAGGUCAAGGCAUGGGCUGCUUUCUGUGGCAGAGGAGGGGACCUGGGGCAGGGGCCAGAGACGGGAAGGUACGGGCGCACUUUAGAAAUGGAGGCUGUGCUUGUGACUGGGGUGGAGCCCCGUGCCAGCACAGGAGGGUGAGGGGCUGGGUGCCACCUUGGCUCAGGGCUGCCCGCAUUGUAGCUGGGGGUCGGUCUGUGUGUCUGGGUUUGCUUCGAACCUGAGACCUACAGGGGAAAUGUUUCUGCCCUGGCCUGAGCCUGCAGGUUGUUUAGAGCUGUCCCGUGUGCAGGGCCCUUUGGGGCAGGUUGGGGACAGCCUGCAGCUGGGACCCAUGGAUGGGCAUCCCUCACAAGGAUGGCAGCCACCUGCUCCUCCUUUUCCCAGACCCAGAGCUGCCCCUGCCAGGCAUGUGGGGACUGCUGAGCGCCCUGUCCUGCCCUCAGUCUGACCACUGCCGGGCCCUCAUCUUCGUGGACCUGGCCCGGCCCACCACCUUCGAGUCUGCUGUGCCAAGCCAGAGUUCUCAGUCCCUGCCUUGGCCGAGGAGACCCAGGCUCAGGGGUGACUGUGUGGUCCAGGCUCUGUGAUGGCUGUGGGGGGACAGACCAUGAAGCCUGGAGGGCACUGGCCCCAUGCUGGCUUCUCCGGCCCCUAUGCCUGGCCCAGGCCGUGUACGACUCAUCCUGCUCAUGCGGUGUGGAUUCUGCGCUGUCCUCCUCUGUGAGCUUGUGGACAGCAGGGAGAGGAGUAACCCGGAUGUUCUCGUAGCUCGGGGGGAAUGACCAGG